CUGUGUACUCUUGGACUUUCCACAGUGAAAGUUGUAAUGAGAGUCUCCCUUUCUCAAUAUAUUCCUCUGUGUCAAGAACACUAAGAAAGUCAGCAUGAAUACUACAGGGAAGGUUAUCAGGUGCAGAGCAGCUAUACACUGGAAGCCUGGUGCACCACUUGCCAUUGAGGAAAUAGAAGUGGCCCCACCAAAGGCAAAGGAAGUUCGCAUAAAGAUCGUGGCCACGGGGCUCUGUGGUACAGAGAUGAAAAUGUUGGCGAAUCCAAACUCUCACAACAACUAUCCCAUCAUUUUGGGCCAUGAAGGGGCUGGAAUAGUCGAGAGUGUGGGACAAGGAGUGAGCACGGUGAAAACAGGGGAUAAAGUUAUCACACUCUUUCUACCACAGUGUGGAGAAUGUGCCUCUUGCCUUAAUCCUGGGGGCAAUUUUUGUGUACAAUUCAAACAAUCAAAAACCGGCCUGAUGUCUGAUGGUACCAGCAGGUUUACCUGCAAAGGAAAACCAGUAUAUCACUUUGGGAAUACAAGCACCUUUUCCGAAUACACAGUGAUAAAAGAAAUCUCGGUUACCAAGAUUGAUGCAGUCGCACCUCUGGAGAAGGUCUGCCUCAUUAGCUGUGGUUUUUCCACGGGCUAUGGUGCUGCAAUCACUACAGCCAAGGUGACCCCAGGCUCCAGCUGUGCUGUGUUUGGCCUUGGAGGAGUAGGCCUGUCUGUUAUCAUGGGCUGUAAAGCAGCAGGAGCAGCCAGGAUCAUUGGGGUGGACAUCAACAAAGACAAAUUUGAGAAAGCAAAGGAAGUGGGUGCCACUGACUGCAUCAACCCUCAGGACUUCGAGAAACCCAUCCAGGAAGUUUUAUUUGAUAUGACAGGUGCUGGUGUGGAAUUUUGCUUUGAGGCCAUUGGAAAUCCAGCAACUGUGGCCGCUGCCCUCGCCUCCUGCCACGAGAGCCAUGGGGUCUGCGUGAUUGUUGGGCUCCUGGCUGCUGGUACCCAGCUCAACAUCAGUGGCUGGUUGUUCUUCUCAGGACGUUCUUUGAAGGGGUCUGUUUUUGGAGGCUGGAAAAGCAGAGAGAACGUCUCUAAACUGGUUUCUGAUUACAUGGCAAAGAAGUUUAAUCUAGAUCCACUAAUUACCCAUACUCUGAAUCUUGAUAAAAUCAAUGAAGCAGUUGAAUUAAUGAAAACCGGAAAAUGCAUACACUGUGUCCUGUUCCUUUAAGUACAAUGUAACGUAUGCAAGAUCUGCAGUGUAAUGUAUGCAAGAUUUCACCAGCUAAAUUGCAUUCUGUAUUAUUUUCGUGACUUAGAAGAAUUACCCACACGACGCUGUUUCUCUUUUCUUGCCUCUGACUCAUUCAGGAGCGGGCAGCUCAUAUCCGGCUUCUGCCCUCACCACUUCAUCGAAAUUGUUCUUAUCUGACCCAGUGUCACCCAGGGUCGUCCUCCCUUGUACAGCUAGAUUCAGGCUGACUGAAUCACUCAAUUGCAGACCCUUCAAACAAACAAAGUCAACGAGGAGACUCCCAUUUUCAUGGCUGCCUCCAGCUCUGGGCUCCUGGAUCCUUGCACACUGUGUCUCUCCCAUCCCCUGAGGCUCCGUCCACUUCACACCAAAGAAACGAAACUCGCCAGUCAUGAGUUUACUGAACAUCCACAUUGAAGCUGAUGGAAGAGGAGGGUCUUCAUUACAUCAACUUCAAUACAUUCCGGUUGAACAUAAGUAUUGCAUUCUUGAUACAACUCACCCCAGGGAAACUUCUGGUAUUUCGUCUUACAUAACCCAGCGUCAAACCCUCACUUCUAAUAUCUCUAUGGAGCUCACCUCGUCACUCCUGGAUUAGCAAAGGAACUUCAAAUUCUUCCUCAGUUGGCCGGGACAAUUUAGCCCUCAGCAGUUCUUAUUACCUGGCUUCAUCACUAAGCCAUCUAGGGAUUCAGCAUAAAAAAAACAGGGCAGGGGCAGGGCAGAGACUUGAGUAUUGUUAUUUGUCAAGAUCCACUCCCUAGGAGGCAGUUGGGGUAUUAAACAACAAAACUGCUUUUUAUUCCACUCUCCACAGAGGGAGGGGAUAAUUGCGUAGUCCCUUACUAAUGUGUCCCAUAGAAUCUUUCCUCCAAGAAGAGGAUGAGGGAAACACAAGAUCCAGUGGUGAUUUGCGGCGUCCAGUCCUUCUCCUCAAGCCCCCUGCCUCUCCACCCAAGCCCCUCUUAAUUCUCCUCGAACCAGGAUUCCCACAGCCUGCUUGGCAUAUGACUUUCUUCCCUAUCCCCUAGACAUAGAGGGUCUCAUCCCAACCCUCUCCCCCCAUCCACAUGACAGGAGCCCCCUUCCUAGUCAAAGACUCUUCUCCUCAGCUUGGACUCCCCUAGAUCUGAAGCCACUGGAUCAGACAGGGAACCUCACGUGUCAGCAGACUUUGUCAGACCUUGGGAGACCAGGAAGUGGAAUGUCAUCUUUUCUACCUAAACCCAGUAGCUUUAGGAUUUAAGGUUGGCCACAAAGGUGGGCUCCAUCCUCAGCUUCUCUCUCCAUCUUGGCUAUCACGUGGUGUUAAGGAGCUCUUGUGAGGCUCUGAUUCUGAACUGAGAAGAAGCAGCAAUAGGCAGGCACACUGUCUUUCCCUUCAGGCUGUCUGCCUCCUGCAAAUAGAGGGGACAGGCGCUAUCAAACCUAUUCAUUCUCUUCCAAGCUAUGCCACCAAUGGGAGCAGGGACUCUCCCUCAGUGGGUUCAACUCCUAGCCUCCCAGAGCGCUUUAAGUCCUAAUGAGAGAACCGGUAACUAUGCAAGGGAAGAAAUAAUUAUCUGAAAUGCCAACUAAUGGAUUUGGGGGCGGGGUGCCUGAUGAGUUACUCUCAACUCUUGGCACAACCAUGGUUGUCCUCAGGGUCUUUUCUCCUCCCACUAGAAACAGAAAACGGGUUGUGUAUUCUCUUCAAUGUGUUCCCCGCGUUAGAAUCAGAGAGGGGCCCUGGAUCUUUGUGGGCUGCCACUCAUCAUAAAGAGCAUUUUGACAAAAACAGAAGACUCAGAAGCUUCUGUCAGGGAUGCUGCUUCUAACAAGGAAGUGACACUUUCUUCCUCCAUCUUCCCAAGUCUGAGCUGCAACUUCCAUGCCCAACACUGCUCAGCUCUUCUAUUCCCUGAGGGCCGCUGAGGCAUCCUCCUGUUCUGCCUCCAAAAUUAGUCUUACUACAGUAAGAUCUUGGAGAAGUCUUUGGGUCUUGGGAAGUCUGAGUUUGCCCAACAAUGUUUCGCUGUAAACUGUGCCCGCACUUUGAUCCAGUAAAGCCCGAUUCUUUAAGCUAC